AUGGCGCCUCCUACGUUGAGGAAAUGGGUCGCGUUACAGAGCGUGCGUCUCAAAGAGAUGCGUUUAAUACAGGAACGCUUUCGCAGUAAAGAUAGCGCCACUUUGAACAAAACGGUCAUUCAAUCGCGACUAGAGAGCCUGAAUGAGAUCUGGGAGAACGCGCGUAAGACACAUUUGGAAAUCUCGGCUAAAGAGGGGUCGGAAACGGAUCCGUAUAUGGUGGACGAUGUGCGGGCCGACACGGAGCCAUCCGAACCGGAGGCGGAGGCGUCCGUGGCGCGUCUACCGCGAAUGCCGUUACCCACGUUUUCGGGGAAAUACGAGGAUUGGGAGAGCUUUUGCGACCUCUUUACCGCUCUGGUACACGAGGUGCCCAAGUUCGCAGACGUGACUACGUUGCAAUUUCUGAAAUCGUGCUUGAAGGGUCCAGCUGCAGAGUUAAUCAGGGACGUCAAGACGACAAACGCGAAUUACGUUAGUACCUGGUCUACGCUUAAGGCGAGAUAUCAUAACCCACGUCUCAUUCUUGCGAAAUAUCUUACAUCGUUGUUACAACUUCAACACUUGAAGAAGGAAUCCGCGGUCGGCUUGCGCGCAUUCACCGACGAAGCGACGCGUAUUGUCCGUGCGCUCACGAAUAUGAGAUUACCGGUAACGCAUUGGGAUCAGUGGCUCGUCCACAUUCUCGCUGAGAAAUUAGAUCCGGAGUCUCGGAGACUCUGGGAGGCUGAGCUCAGUGCGAAAGACCGAAAGGCUGCUUUGAAUAUGGGAUCGGCAGAUUUCGAUCUGUUGAAAUACUUACCUACCUUCACGGACCUAGUAGAUUUUCUGGAAAGGAGAGCGCAGACGCUCAACAUGUUGAGUUCGGAAUCUUUAAUGACUAAAGGGGAGAAGAGAACAGCUCAGGAUAGUAAGCCUGCGAAUAAAACGCGAAAGGUCUUUCACGCUAGCACUUCCUCCUCGACAACGGAUAAAGUGAAAUGUAUUGCGUGUUCGGGGGCUCAUCCCCUGAUAAAGUGCGUUAGCUUUAAGGCGAAGUCUGCGAGUGACCGACGUGAAUGUCGGAAGCACCAUACUCCUUUGCAUUCGAAAACGGCUGCCAUGCAGGCCGUGGAGAGUCGCGCACCCCGGACGGUGAAGGCCGAGGGUGUGGACACCGAAGCAAAGCCAGUGGUUGUUAACUCUCAUUCUGCUAGAGCCUCUCCACUUUCGGAGACGGUAUUAUUAGCUACGGCUCAGGUCGGAGCGUUAAGUUCGAGCGAGGAGGUAAUUAGAGUCCGUGCGUUAUUGGAUCAGGGCUCGGAGGCCUCUUUCGUGUCUGAGUCGGUAGCCCAGCUACUCGAGUUGCCGAGACGACCGGUGGAAGUCUCGUUGCGAGGGAUAAGCGGUAGUAGGGCCGGUGCUGCUCAUUCGAUUACACGGUUAGUGUUGAGUUCACUGGUCGACUCGCGAUCCACAGUCGAGAUUGAUGCACUAGUACUGCCGCGUCUCACGGCACCACUUCCGGCAUGCUCGCUGAAGGAGCACGCCUUACCGCGAUUUCAGGGACUGCCGUUGGCAGAUCCGCAAUUUACCAUCUCGAACCCGGUGGAUCUUAUCCUGGGGGCGGAUGUGUAUGGUCAGAUCUUAAAGUCAGGCGUGAAACGUUGGCCCGCUUCGCGUCUUGUAGCACAGAACACCGUAUUCGGUUGGGUGGUUUCUGGCGCUAUUACGACCGAUCCGUCACGGCGGGCGGUUUCGACAUCCCUUCUGCAUUGUUCUACCGAUCCGGACUUGCUGAGAGCGAUGGAAG